UUUUCCUUCUCUCACCCAUGUUACCGUCUUUAUGGUCUCUCAAAAUCUUGAUAUGGCGAACUAGACUAAGAACCUAAACACGUAAGAUCUUAUUAUUCCGAGCCAAAGAAUGUCAUCACCAAAGAAACGACUGAUACUGUAUGACAUUGUGAUCCUUGGUGCGUCUGGAUUUACUGGUAACUUUGUGACAUCAGAAUUGGCUUGUGUUGCUCAAGAAGAGGGGAUCACAUGGGCUGUUGCUGGCAGGAACAAGCUAAAGUUGCGUGCAGUGCUGAAGGAGGCCUCUAAAAGAGCAGGAUAUCCAUAUGAUCAGGAAAUAGAUGUGUUGGUGGUGGACGUUGAGGACCAGAAGAGUCUGGGUCACCUUUGUGCCUCCGCUAGGAUUGUCUUAAAUUGCGUUGGGCCGUACCAUGUCCUUGGUGAUAACGUUGUUCAAGCCUGCCUUGCCAACAGAACCCAUCAUGUGGAUAUCAGUGGAGAAUUACAGUUUCUUGAGAAAGUUCAGUUAGAACAUCACGAGGAAGCCAAGAAGAAGUGUGUCUAUUUCAUUGGAGCAUGCGGGUCGACCUUGACCUCCGACAUGGGGGUCGAGUUCUGUAAAGAGAACUUUGAUGGAGAAAUCAACUCAAUUAAAGGUUAUACACUGAUGGAAAGUGGAGUCAGGGACAGUUACUACCACUCUACAUCUUGGGACUCAGUCCUCCAUGCUUCCUGCUCAAGAAAAGAAUUGGCAGACAUCCGACAGAAACUGUAUGUCAGUCCUCUACCACAACCAUCGCACAAACAGCGGAUUAGAAUGCCGAUCUUUUACUGUGAUAAUAUGUAUAGCUGGUGUGUGCCAUCUCUGGAGGUCGAUGCUGCAGUUGUAUACAGGACACAGAGAUAUAACUAUAAGACAAACAAUACACGACCUAUUCAGUACCGCGAGUAUAUAAGGAUGCCUUCUGUGAUCAAUGCCAUAGCGAUUGUUGUGAUAGCACUGCUGGUUCUCCUUGUUGGGAGCUUUAGGUUUGGACGUUAUUUAUUAUCAUCAUUCCCAGGGUUUUGUUCUGCUGGUUCAUUCCAAAGAAAAGGUCCUUCAAAAUCUCAGGUCUCUGACUGCACCUUCUCAUUGACUCUUUAUUGUGAGGGCUGGAGUAAGAAACUGCCCAUUCAACAACAACACACCCAGCACCCGGAUAAGAAGCUAAUGGUCAGGAUAUCUGGACCAGAAAUGGUGUAUGCUACGACUGCUAUCUGUAUGGUGCAAGCUGGAUUGACACUGCUAAAAGAGGCAGACAAGUUACCUGAAAAAGGGGGUGUGUACACACCAGGAGCAGCCUUUGCCAAAACAGAUCUAAUAGAGAGACUUGGUGAGAGGAAUGUCAUCUUCAAGGUGAUCUGAUCUGGUUGGAUGAAGGGAGAGAAACGUGCCACUUGCCGGACAACAAGAAAGAACUUUUCAAACGCAAUAACAUAUUGAUUGACUGUUUCGGUUGGAGGAGGCAAUAGUGUUUUCAUUGCAAGGAAAAUAUGCAUUUCUUCUUGUUUGGUGCUCUGCCUCAGUCUGCCUCAGCUUUGAGGUAUAUUUUUAUACUUAGAUGAUUGUAUACUUUAUCUCGGCUUGGAUUCAAUGGAUUGGAUGUACAUACAUGUAUAUUGCUCUUAGUCUGUAUUACUGGUGUCAUCUGCUGCUUACAUGUAAUCUCUUAUACUUUGUUCGAAUUUUAUGGAUUAUUCAUGUAUUGGCCUUAAUAAUUUUAUCAUAGCAGUUACUUGUAAUUAAGAUGUGCAUGGGUUCAAGAGAUACUAAGCUGCUAAAGUGAAGAAGCCAGGCUUAUAAAGUCUCCCCAGAGAUUUGUCUAAAGUCUUUUAGAAACCUUGUUUUUUUUCAAGUUGCAUGGCUUCCCCUUUCACAGUCAUAUGGUAGGGUCAAGAAGGGAACGUGCCCUGGUUUGUUUUAUUGAACUUUCUUUGAAAUUGAAUAACGUAUUGUUACACUCUAGUAUUGUGGACUAUCAAGGAGUGUAAGGACAUUCAGAUAUACUGCUGUUCUGCUGAUUGUCUUGUUGGGUAGCCCCAGUACAGUUGAACUUGUUAAAUUGUACCCAAGCAGUCUUUCUGCUGAGACUUUUAUUGUAACACAUUUUAGAUAAUGUAAAUAAAGUAGU